UGUCGAAAACAUCAUCUUGUAUUUUCUUAGAGGCCAAUUUCGAUCCACUACUUAAACUAUGAAUCCCUCAUUUAAACCCUUACAAUUUCAACCUCUCCCCCACAACUUCAUCUCCAAAAAUGUCUUCUUCAUCUUCCUCCUUACGGUUUAUCCUACCAACGUCACAGAUCCAAUCAUCCAAUCGAAGAAAAUCAAGGAGUUUGACGAUCACUCAAACACUAACAACUCCUUCUUCGUCAAGUACCACUACUACUGACGGUGUUGAUGAAUCAAGAUUAGAACCAAGAGUUGAAAAGAAAGAUGGAUAUUGGAUACUGAAAGAGAAAUUUAGACAAGGUAUUAAUCCAUCUGAGAAAAUCAAAAUUGAAAGAGAACCUAUGAAGUUAGUAGUGGAAGAUGGUAUUAAAGAACUUUCACAAAUUUCUCUUGAAGAACUUGAGAAAUCCAAGUCUACUAAAGAUGAUAUUGAUGUUCGUCUGAAAUGGUUGGGUCUUUUUCAUCGCCGAAAGCAUCAAUAUGGGAGAUUUAUGAUGAGAUUGAAGUUACCAAAUGGAGUAACAACGAGCGAACAAACUCGUUAUCUAGCAAGUGUUAUAAAGAAGUAUGGAAAAGACGGAUGUGCAGACGUUACAACAAGACAAAACUGGCAAAUUCGAGGUGUUGAACUCCCUGAUGUACCAGAAAUAAUGGAGGGUCUUUUGAGUGUUGGACUUACUAGUCUGCAGAGUGGAAUGGACAAUGUGAGGAAUGCUGUUGGAAGUCCACUUGCUGGAAUAGACCCACUUGAGAUUGUUGAUACACGACCGUACACUAACCUUCUAUCUCAAUUCAUCACCGACAACUCUCGUGGGAACCUCGACUUCACCAACUUGCCAAGGAAGUGGAAUGUUGCUGUUGUGGGUACUCAUGAUCUCUAUGAACAUCCCCACAUCAAUGAUCUUGCGUACAUGCCAGCCACCAAGAAUGGAAGGUUUGGAUUCAAUUUGCUAGUGGGUGGAUUCUUCAGCCCUAAACGAUGCGCCGAAGCAAUACCUCUAGAUGCUUGGGUUCCAGCAGACGACAUAGUCCCAGUUUGUAAAGCUAUUCUAGAGGCAUACAGGGACUUGGGUACCAGAGGAAAUCGACAAAAAACACGAAUGAUGUGGUUAAUUGACGAACUCGGUGUUGAAGGCUUCAGAUCAGAGGUAGUAAAAAGAUUGCCCCAACAAGAGCUGGAAAGAUCAUCUGAAGAAGAUUUAGUCCAAGCGCAGUGGGAAAGAAGAGACUACUUUGGUGUCCAUCCGCAAAAACAAGAAGGCUUAAGCUUUGUAGGUCUCCAUGUGCCAGUGGGUCGACUUCAAGCGGACGACAUGUUUGAGCUAGCACGCUUAGCUGAUGAGUACGGGUCAAGUGAACUCCGUCUCACAGUAGAACAAAACAUCAUAAUUCCAAACAUUGAAAACUCAAAAAUCGAAAAGUUACUCAAUGAGCCCUUGUUGAAGGACAGAUUCUCACCCGAACCACCAAUUCUUAUGAAAGGAUUGGUAGCCUGCACAGGUAACCAGUUCUGUGGACAAGCCAUUAUUGAAACUAAAGCUAGGGCACUGCAGGUAGCUGAGGAGGUUCAUAAGCUAGUCGAGGUGACAAGACCCGUGAGAAUACAUUGGACAGGUUGCCCGAACACCUGUGGACAAGUUCAAGUUGCUGAUAUAGGUUUCAUGGGUUGCAUGGCCAGAGAUGAAAAUGGAAAGAUAUGCGAGGGAGCUGAUGUUUACUUAGGUGGGAGAAUUGGAAGUGAUUCCCAUUUGGCAGAGGUAUAUAAAAAGGCAGUUCCCGUUAAGAAUUUGGUACCCUUGGUUGUUGACAUCUUAAAAGAGAAAUUUGGUGCUGUUCCAAGAGAGAUUGAAGAAGAAGAUUAAGAGAGUUUUUAAUUUCUAUUUUUGAAUAUUGUUUUUCAAUAAAACUCUCGGGGUAAGGUAUUACAGUGUGGAUAAUCAAUUUAGUCCCAAAAGAGUUGUUGUGAUUUGGGAACAAAGUGGGAAUGUCUGGGAUGAGAGGAAAAAAAGAGCAUUUAGAUGGUUGGGUCUUGCACAUGAACUACAUGGGUCUAACUGAUCCUUCCCCAGCUGCAACUAAGUCUCUGUAAAUCAUAGAAUGGGAGCAAAAAUGUAGAUCGAAGCGGGUUAUGGAGGGAGAGAUGGGUGCAUUUGAUUGUAAUUUUUAGGAGGAAUAAACUUAAUUUCUAUUCGCUUUUUUCUGUUC